GUUACUGUUCAACCUUUUGAUGUGCUCUUAAAAAGUAGCACAAAUCCAUAAAACGCCUUGCGAUCAACAUAAGCGGGAACACAACAUUCGAAUCCAUCUACUCGUUGCUAAGGUAUAGUCCUUUCCUCUUCUCUUCAAAACAUGUCUAACUGGGCUUUUAAAAGAUUUGGUUUUGGAGAAGAAAACCCUCAAGCCUGCCCGGAGGUCCUCCUUUGCUGGACACAUCUUACAACCACAAGGGAGCAGUCUUUCCUUUGAUGAGGUCUUCCCUCCACCUCCACAGAAAUGGCAGAACAAGCGUAAGUUUGCACACCGUCUGAAAGAGAUUUCCAUUAGCCCUGGACGCCGGAAACCGCAAAGGACAGUCAAGUUUUGAUUUUCAAGGGGAAAGCCUUCGCUAAACUUUCGCUCAGCCGCCAGACCUGUUGGUUCCUGGGAGGGGCUCUUUGGAAACCUCGAAGAUUCCUGCACUCUCGAAGACCCAGAGCGGUGGAUUACGUCUGUCCUGGAACCAGAAAUUAAAAGCCCGGCUGUGCCAGGCUGUCUGAAUGGACCAGCACCUACGCUUUGAAGAUCUGAAGUCUCGUCUUGCAAGAGAUCGGUCUCUGGGGUGAUUUGUUUGCUUCCCGGCGAGGGAUGGAGAAACGUAAGCCGGCCGGACUGCUGCCCCUGCGGUCGUGCCACCUCCGCGGCGAGCCCCUGGACCUGCCGGGGUCCCUGCCCCGCCUCCCCCUCGGGGACCCCUUCAGGGUCUCGUGGCGUCUCGACGCCGCGUGCUGGGAGCGGGCGCCCCGGGACUGCGCCGCGAGGCGGUCGUGCCCGCCGCGGCCGCUGGACCGCGCCUUCGAGCCCGCCUUCCUCCGCAGGCGCAACGAGCGCGAGCGGCAGCGGGUACGCUGCGUGAACGAGGGGUACGCGCGCCUGCGAGACCACCUGCCCCGCGAGCUGGCCGACCGGCGGCUCAGCAAGGUGGAGACGCUCCGCGCCGCCAUCGGCUACAUCAAGCACCUCCAGGAGCUGCUGGAGCGCCACGCCCGGGGGCAGGAGGGCCCCGCCGGCACCCGUCCCCCGCGCGCCGCCGAGUGCAACAGCGACGGCGAGUCCAAGGCCUCGUCGGCGCCCUCGCCCUGCAGCGAGCCCGAGGAGGCGGGCAGCUAGCGCGCGCCCGGGCCCUCCGCGCCCGCUGCAGCCUUGGAGCCCCUGCUAGGGUGGUUUGCAUUUUUGAGCUGGUUUUUUAAUCCAGGGCUAAAUUUUAGGAAAAAGAAAUGCGAGUCUUCCGGCGGGAACGUGUCUUCUGACCUUUCUGGCUGCCGCCCCCCCCCCCCCCCCGACCCAGGCCCCAACUGGGUAUGUGCCUGCAGACUUAAAGGUGCUUAUUAAGGAAACUCUCCAACGGUACUUCUCAAAUGCACACUGUACCGGAUCCUGAGCACCUCACUCUAAAAACUCAGGAGGGCGAUUGGAAUUUCCCAGUCAGCGCCGUGGGUACGUUAUGCACAUAAAUAUUGACUUCAAGCCAACCUUCACCGAAGACCUUCCCCAAAAUGAAUAAAUAAAAGACAGCCCUUAAGACGAAAGGAACGUUUUUCCUGCAUUCCUUCCUUGGGGAGUUGUAUUUGAGAUUUAAUUGACACGGUCACUUUGGGUGAAGGGGACUCCAAGCCGGCACUUGAGCACCCACACAGAGCCCGCUGCUAGCCCAGC